CAGUGUUCCAUCAAGACCCACUACAAUGAACUCCUCAAUUUCUUUGAUCUGCUUUGCGCUGCUCCUGGUUAGUCCUUUGUGCUUCGGGUACAGUAACCAACAACGGGAGGCCGAUAGACUUAAAGUUGAGGAAAUCAUGCGCACUUCUCUGGACGCCGAAACCAAAAUCAGUCGGACCCAGGAUUUGCUGGAUAUUUAUUACCGCUUGGCUCCCAGCUUGUCGCCUACGGAAAGGCAGAAAAUUGACAACUUUAUUAACCAGCACGCCGAUGAUGUAUUAAUCGACGGAGUUCCGAGCCAAGGCGGUAAAAAGAGAAGGAUUCCUAUAGAUAUCAUUGCUAAGCCUGCAAAGGACGCAGCAACUGGGUUCUUCGAAGAACUAGGAAGCCAGAUUGCUCAAGCACUCUCUAGUUGGUUUGGCUAA